AUGGGGAUACUCUAUUCAGAGCCCAUUUGUCAGGCAGCUUAUAACAACGAUUUCAAUGAAGUUCAGCUCCUUUUGGAGCGCAACAGCAACUACCUGAACAUCCAGGACAGCACUGGUGGAGAUACCCCCCUGAUUUGUGCAUGCAAGCAGGGAAACAACAGGAUAGUUAGGUAUCUUCUAAGAAGAAAUGCUGAUGUCAACCUCAGAAACAAGAAAGACCGCACGUGUCUGCAUUAUGCUGUGAGAAAACGGUUUACCUUCCUUGACUACGUGCUCAUCAUAAUACUCAUGCCAGUUAUGCUUAUUGGAUAUCUUCUUAUGGUGAGUUUGGAUGAAAGCAGUUUUGCCAAGGCUCAAGGAUGA